CGGUCGCCAUGGGAGGCCCCGCGCCGGGCCGAGGGGGCGCCCGGCGAGCUGCGGCUGCUCCGCCUCAGCCGCGCUGAGCCCGGCGCUGCUCCGCGGGGACCGGAGGGCAGCGACAUGGACCGCCCGCCGCAGCCGCCGGCCGCCUCCUAGUCCCGCAGCGGCGGCUGCGGGGCGGUCCGGGCAUGGCCCAGCAGGAGGAGAACGGCGGAGGGCAGCGCUACCCCGGUACUAGUUGGGCCAAGACAACUGAUGCAAAUUUGUCCAACUCCUUAAAUGGUUUGACCUUCAUGGGAAUUCUGGAUGCAAGAGUGGGCAGUGGUAUCCAGGGCCUUCCAAACUUGAACUCCGGGACCCCGAGAGAUCUCUCAUUGCCUCAGUUUGGGCCUGGCCAGCUGUCCGGUGCUUUAGAAGAUUGUCAUAGCCUUAAAUCAGUGGAUUCUGGUAUUCCAACCCUAGAAAUAGGAAAUCCAGAGCCUGUUCACUGCAGUGUGUUAAAUGUGAAGAGGAAGCAGUCAGAACCUGAAAUUGUGCCUGACAGGGCGUUUCAGAGCGCGUGCACACUGCCACCGUAUGUGCCUCCACCUUCUCUGGCUGCUGAGCACGACCAUGCUGUGCGAAAAUCCUCCACUUUCCCAAGGACUGGGUAUGACACUGUCAAACUUUAUAGUCCAACCUCAAAAACUCUGAAUCGAAGUGAUGAUAUCUCUGUUUGUAGUGUGUCUAGUCUUAGCACGGAACUGUCAACAACUUUAUCGGUUAGCAAUGAAGACAUUUUGGACUUUGUGGUCACAAGCAGUUCAAGUGCAAUUGUGAAUCUUGAGACUGAUGAGGCACACUUCUCAGACGUUACCCUGAAUUCCACUAAAGAGACCAAUGACCAGAGCCAGCAGGAGUGUUGUCCGGAGGCGGAUGUGGAUAGUAAACGGAAAAUAUUGGGACCUUUUACAAACUUCUUUGCCAGGAAUUUGUUUACCAGAAAGCAAAGUGCAAGAUUUGAAAAACAAAAUGAUGUGGGAUGGAAGUUUUUUGGAAAAGUACCUCUCAGAGAAAACUCACAGAAAGAUCCCAAGAAAAUGCAAAAGGAAUAUGAAGAAAAAACUGGACGAGCUCACAAACCUCUCUCUCCUAAACAGAAUGUGAGGAAGAAUCUUGACUUUGAACCACUCUCCACUACAGCACUUAUUUUAGAGGACAGACCAGCGAACCUCCCUGCAAAACCAGCAGAAGAAGCUCAGAAACACAGACAACAGUACGAAGAAAUGGUAGUUCAAGCAAAAAAAAGAGAGUUGAAAGAAGCUCAGAAGAGAAAGAAACAACUGGAAGAACGCUGUAAACUUGAAGACAGCAUUGGGAAUGCUGUUUUAACAUGGAACAAUGAAAUCUUGCCCAACUGGGAAACUAUGUGUUGUUCCCGUAAAGUUCGAGAGCUGUGGUGGCAGGGCAUUCCCCCGAGUGUGAGAGGCAAAGUCUGGAGCUUGGCAAUUGGCAACGAGUUAAACAUCACCCAUGAACUGUAUGAUAUUUGCCUGGCUCGUGCCAAAGAGAAGUGGCGAUCACUUAGCACAGGAGGGGCUGAAGUAGAAUGUGAAGAUGCUGGAUUUUCUGCAGCUGACAGAGAAGCAAGCUUGGAGUUAAUAAAACUGGAUAUCUCAAGAACAUUUCCUAGUCUUUGUAUAUUCCAGCAGGGUGGUCCUUACCAUGACACGUUGCACAGUAUUUUAGGAGCCUAUACUUGUUACAGACCUGAUGUAGGCUAUGUACAGGGCAUGUCAUUCAUAGCAGCAGUAUUGAUCUUGAACUUGGAUACUGCAGAUGCCUUCAUUGCUUUUUCUAACCUUUUAAAUAAACCCUGUCAGAUGGCGUUUUUCCGUGUGGACCAUGGCCUUAUGUUGACUUACUUUGCCGCAUUUGAGGUAUUCUUUGAAGAAAAUCUGCCAAAGUUAUUUGCUCACUUCAAAAAAAAUAACUUAACUCCAGACAUCUAUCUAAUUGAUUGGAUAUUCACAUUGUACAGCAAAUCUUUGCCACUAGACUUGGCAUGUCGUGUCUGGGAUGUGUUCUGCCGUGAUGGAGAAGAGUUCUUAUUCCGUACAGCGCUGGGAAUAUUAAAACUUUUUGAAGAUAUUUUGACUAAAAUGGACUUCAUUCAUAUAGCCCAGUUUUUAACAAAGCUACCUGAGGACUUGCCUUCAGAAGAGUUCUUCACAUCUAUUGCUGCCAUUCAGAUGCAAAGUAGAAACAAAAAAUGGGCUCAGAUACUGGCUGCUCUGCAGAAAGAUAAUCGGGAAAUGGAAAAAGGAAGCCCUUCACUCAAACGUUAACGUUGGGUUUGCCUCCUGUGACUCAAAGGAAAAGAGCUAAAGUGGCAGAACUGUUGAGUACUGUUUGACAUGUAUGAGCCUGCAAAUCAAAGUGUUAUUUCAGAGUUUUGUUUAGUAGUAGGAUAGCCUUAAAGGGGAGAGAAGAAAAAUAAGGAGGAGGAAGAGGAAAAAAAUUUAAAAAAAAGGAAGGAAAUCAGGGGAUAAACCCCUUAUAAAUUAAACCUAGGCUUAGCCUUAAACUUUUAGUGGUAUGAGCAUAUGCUGUGAAGAGCAUUACACAUUCUGUACUUCUGAUGAGAGCAGUGAAACAAAAUAAUAUCAAGGGUUUAGAUUUUUCUAAAUUUCUUUCCUGUGGUGUUUUAAAAGACUGGACAUUCAGCAAUGUUGGUUGCUGUAAAAGCUAUUCCCCUGUUUCAUUCUUAGGCAGGAUAUAUUUCCAAUACCUAUAAAAGUCACUGGAUCUGGAUUUUAAAUAACUGGUGCUGGAAUUUAUAGUUCAAUGAUGUGAGGACCAUUUCUUUAGAAAUGCUUCUAUUUUAUAGGCUGUGGGUCCCAUUUACCAAAGAAAUCAUGUAGAUGUAGAAUUACAUUCCUUUCUUUAAUAAGAAAAAGUUAAGUAGAAAGUAACCUUGGAAGAGAAGUCACACUAGCAGUGCAAAACCAAUUAUUCUUCAAGAUGCCUUGGAAAUCUGGAUGCAUAUGGAGGAAAUUCCAUUAAUCAGACUAGAUUCUAAACUCACCCAGAGGGUUCUAGUAUUAAGCUGGCAUCAUUUCCCAAUUGUACUCUCUUUCCUCUGGUUAAAACCAGGGUCACAUACUACUAGAGGUGUAGUGUCUCCACUCACACAGUGUGUCUCCAGUCACACUGAUGAAACUGUGGGCUGAGCAGAUAAACUGAGAAAUGGUUAAAAGCAAUUUUGAUAGUUACUUUAAACCCCAGCUCUGCUCCCUGGCAAAGCUGAGGAGGAAGGGUGAGGGGAGCAGUCAUGUUCCGCAACGCUGCUGCUGGAAAGAAAAGUUCUGUGGGAUCUCCUGGAUCUGCUGCUGCUGCUCCAGGGGAAAAGCGUUAUGUGGAGCUAAUCAUACAGUGACAAGUGAAAGAAGUUUAUUGGGAAAUGUACCAGACAAACACCAUCAGGAUAAGUACAAGCUGUCAUUCCGAGUGUUUUAUCUGGCCUCUAAUGUAUGAGAGCAAAUUACAGCGGCAGCAAAGUGCAGUUAUAUAAACCCCCCUUACACAUCUCAGAUCCCCUCUGCCUCCAGAUGAAUGUUGAAGGGCAAAUCACGAGUGCCUCUGCUUUACAAGAAUGUUUAUCACGUAGUGUGUAGUAUAAAAUCUAUUUUAUAAUCAUGAUCAUUGAAAAGGGAAAUGUAACUAAAGCAAUAUUUGUGUUAACUGUAAACAGGGGUUGCUAAAUCCUCGAGCUGUGUGGUCAGCAGUUUCCCAAUGCUCUUCAGUCUGGUUUAUGCUGAUUAUUUUGGCAUAGUCUGAAUGAAACAAUGAGAAGAAUAGUUGUACACUGCUCAACUCAACAUUUAAUGUAAAGUAUUGUGGGACAUAAUCAAAAUACUGUCUUCUGGUACAGACAGCAUUACUGUGAGGGAUAAUUUGAUUGUAAUGUUAAGAAGAGUGAGAACAAGAUUUGCUGGUAAGUGAGGACUCAUAAUCACUUUGAAAGAUGUGUAAUGCAAAUACAGCCUGCAAGUCUGAUACCUCAUUGACCUCUUUUCCUGUUCACUUCGUGUACCUGGUGUAAUGGAUGUGGAUUUUUUGUUGGUCGUCUUAAUUGCUCCACAAGACUUCUUCUAGGUCAUCACUUACUGAAAAUAGACAUUAAGACGUUGAUAGGAAAUGUGUUAAUUCUCCCAGAAUUUGUACAGCUUAGGUCCUCCAGUGACUGGUACUUGUAUGCUACGUUGCUUUGAAGUGCAGUAGAAAGCAGAAAGGUCAGUAAGUGUUUUUUAAUAUUACUUUUUCUAUUGCUACAAUAAAUAUGCCUUUCCAUGAAGGAUACGAGAGGCCUACCAUCCAAAACAUUUGCACUAUGCUUUUAAACGGUUUAUUAAACACGGAGAGAACUUCUUCCUCAGUAUACAUUUUUAGGUAGUACUGUAACUGGCUUUGCAAUUUAAGUUUUCAUUGCAACCACGUUUGUAUUUCCUUUUGAAACAAGUCUACAGGUGUGGCUCAUUUGUCUGGUUAAAAAUGCAUUUUUUAGCUACUUAGGUAUGUUGGCAGCCAUCGACAGCCUGUUCUUUUUCUCUUCUCAAUAAGAUGUUGAAUGUAACAGUGACAGUGGGCACAGCUGUAGGGAAAAAGGCCUGCUGCAACACUUGUGCACUGUUUGUUACUUGCAAAUGUAAUUAUUUUGCUUUUGUGAUUUGAUCUUUCUGUUCUUAGAAGUUGUAUAUAUUUUCUAAAUGAUUUCUUUGUGUAUAUAAGGUAUGUUCUUUAAUGAAGAAACAGCAAUGCAAUAAGGAGCUUUGCACAGUUUGUUUUCAGACAAAAUACAUGUGAAAAAAAUAAUCACCUGCCUAAACAUGCAAUUGUUUCAACUUCUCAGUAACUUGAUUUGAAGGUAAUGCUUGAAUUUUGAUAAAAACCAGAGAUGAGUAGUAAAGGGCAUAGAAUUACUUGCCAGUGAGCUUUUUAAGUGUCUUGCAGCAUACCAAAUCUCUUAAUUAGCUAUUACAGAAACCUUCCUUAAGGAAUUCAGGGAAUUGGAUUAAAGAAUUUGACAAUUUUAUUGUUCAGGUGCUUGAGAGUAUCUGUAACAAGAUGCAUGAGAUUUUCUUUCAUUGAGCAAAUGUCCCCAUCAAGCAAACUUUCUUUUCUUCAUGGGUUUAAGGAAAAAUAAAACUGCUGCAAUGCACAGAAGUGCCACUCUACAUGCAGCAGAUCAGAGAAACCAGAAAACUUCAACCAGCUUUGAGAUUCUGUACAAUCUGCACUUUAUAAUAAAGCAGUUUUGCAACUUUGAUCUGCAGUCAAUCAUUAACAUUAUUUCACUUAGUAAACAAUUUCAAUCGGAAAAAAUGGUACCUUGUAACAGGUUAUUUUUGAAUGUUUUAAAAAGUAGAAUGACAUAUAGAGAACUAUUGAUACAUCCCCUGUACAUCAUGUUUAAAUUGGGUUUCUGUAGUUACCACGUUUGUUUUGUUUAGAUAUGUGUAUCAAACUGAAACUUUUUUCAACUGUAAAUAUAUGGUUUUGUUAAAUAAAGUCAUGUAAAGUUAUCUUA